AUGGCGACCAACAAUGAGCAACAUGGCUGGACAGUCGUGACUCGGCGGACAAAGAAGAAUCGAACAUCAAGUCCGUUGACGGCACCACCUAUCGCCGUACCCCAGGUCUUCAUAUCGCCCACCACUCACGACACGUCCGGCGGCACACCCACUCAGCUCAAUGCAUCGCCACCUCGAAUCCCGAUCAAGAGAUACAGCAACUACGAGCAAGGCAUCCUGCGAGACGCCAAAGCCGCAGUCGCGCACUUCAACAAUGGCAGCUUCGAUACCUAUGUUGAUCCGUUCAACGUGGCGAAGCUGUCGAGUCCAGAGGCUGCCGUGCUAAGUACCAAGCCGAACGCGCGCGUACUCGAUAUCGCUCGGGACGGCCAGUACAUCCAAGUACUCGUCCGCAUGGUGCCAUCAGAACCCGAAGGUGGCAAGUGCGAGCUCAGAGCCGUGAGCAGCAGAGGUGAUGAUGACUUGCUUUUCUCGUCGUGGCUCAGCGCCUCGGCUCCCAGUUCGCCGAUGGCGUGCUUGCCCUCCACCUUCCUCGACGUUGUUGGCGCGGAAGGGUACGAGAUACAGUACAAAUGGUGGUGUGCACGUGACUCGACGUUCGACCUGGCUUCUCUGCCUGAGGAAAUCCAGGAUCAUUUACUGCUGCACGUGGUUGGCGAGGUGCAUCAAAUUUAUGACCACUGGGAAGCCAAAGCAGGAUACGCAAUUGCAGAACAGCAUCAGUCCGCAAUCGAUGUCUUCAGGGAUCGGUGUGCUCUUACCGGGAGUGCAGGCUUCAACAACUCCCUUCUCUGCCUGGACAAGGCUACCCGGCGCAAGGUGAAGCACCUCUUACAACAUAGAGUGUUGAAGCGCCUAUGUGGUUUCCGAUUUGGUUCGCUGUAUGAUGGAUCGAUGUUCACCCUAGGCGGAGGCCUUCGCUUCUUGAACAAGCUCCAGCUAACAAUGAACAACUUCGAAUACCUGGACUUCUUCGGGACCAAUAUCGGUGACUCGUCCAGACGCAUGUAUUACCGGUACGGGCCUAUCGCCCCAGCCGCCAUCCUUUUGGACAUCUCCGGCCUUGAGUACCUCGAGCUGUGGUUUGAGGCGACGCUGCACGGCGAGCUGUGUAAUCCAUGGCAAGUAUGUGUCGCCGACGCUACCCGUGGACCUAAACUUGAUGAGAGAAUCGAGCCACCCCCCUUUCCAUGCCGCAAGGCCACCAUUGACAUGAUCCUCAGCUUCGGAUAUCAGCAUAUCAAGAGCAUUCCAUCAGUCCGCUUGACGGGCUACAUCAAGGACUCGACAAAAGAUCGGUGGUCCCAAAACCUUCAGCUCCCCCAAUCGGGAUCAUUAUGCGCAGCGCGUAGCUGA